UUUUCGGUGUUAAACAUUUCUGAGUUGUUUUUCACUCCCAGAGUGUAAUUUUAACACAUUCUGAUUUAAAUGGUGUUCAGAAUUGGAGUUAUAUGACAGAGUUGAUCACAUCAGUGUUAACGCAACUCUGCAGAGAUGUAAUUAAAGGUUGGGCAUGGAAUUCUCUUUUUCGGCAAUUUUUGCAAAAUUACUUGAAAUCCUUAUCAUAACCCACUUACAGACACUGAGUUAGAAGUAUUGGCAUGAAAAUUAAACAAGUCAAUCAUCUGUGGAACGGGCAGGGCUCGAAAAACUCCAAUGAUUUCCAGAACCACCGAGUGGCAUUGGAAGUUGUAAGUGCGUCAAUCAAACGGUCGUACUGCACACCCCUCCCCCUUCGUGUAUACCCAACCUUUAAGUUCCGCCCAUGCAUUUCACGUCUACGGUUGGAGACAGAGGAGGCAAGUCUGGACAUUUUCUACCACUCAUGCAAUACUACACAUAAAAAUGCUGGUCCAGGUGAGGUACGGCCAACAGCAGAAAUAUGUGAAGUUGGAGGAGGAUGAAGGACGGUUUGACUUCCUGCAAUUCCAUGAAAAAGUCAUCGAGAGAUUUUGCCUGCCCACUGAUGCUAAAGUAACAUACAAGGAUGCAACAGGGACAGAAGUUGAUGGAGAAAUAUUCAGCGACCUCGUUGGACAAGGCAAUGUGGUGCUGACAGUUUUCUCAGAUCAGGGUGAGAUAUAAAGGCAGGCAUAAUUAAGCACUACACCUUACAGAAUAUAAUUACUAACAUGUUUUCUAUUCCUUUAGAAUUCUCUGACAGCUCUUAUGUUCUGCUUCUGGGCUGUCUGACUCAAGCUUCAGCUCAAGUACAUCAACUGUGAACAUAGAUGAGCUCUAUAGCAAGAGACAAAGAAUCGAGGAUACACGUAAUCGUGAUGCUGCGUCUGCCAAACAGUUGAUUGAAGCUGUGCUGAGAGGCAAAUCCGGAGGUGAAGAAGUACUACAGGAGUACCAAACAACAGAAACCCUGACAGAUGCUGCAAGAAGACAGAUGGUCAACAUCCUGGUGGCUCACAUGAUUGACAAUCAUGGGCACCUUCCCACUAAAGAAACCAGAGAGGAUUAUGCACAUGGGAUAGUGAUGCUGUUCCCUUCCCUCAGGGAUCCAUAUUCCAAGAAGGGAUAUGUAAUAGUCAUUAUUAUUGUUUACACUUUCAUGUAAUGAUAAAAAACUGUGUGGAUGACAUUGAUAUUUGAAUUCCGUGAGAUUGCUCAGGAGCCUGGUAUGACAACACAUUUCAUUUAUUUUUCAUUUCAGGAACACUUCUAUGAUUCUGCAAGCAGCACAGGAUACAUUUCUUGGCGUCUGAAAACAGUCCAGAGGAAGAUUCGUCAAGGAUCUGCAGUGCCACCAAAUAGCGCUAUUUGCUUUUCUCCAGGAGGCCCAAAUUUCCAAAGAACUGUUCAUGUUGAAAGGCAGCUUGAUGGUGAUGCUUGCCAAAAGGCCAUGUCUUUGCUCAACCAUACACCAGACAAUUCCCUGAUUUUCCAGAAGAUAAGAGAGACCUUUCUGCACCGUAAGAAGCUCGUUAAUGACCCAGGCAGAAGUGUUGAUAUCCUCUCCAGCUUCCCAAGAUUCCUGGAUACAAAGGGAUUGAUGGACCAAGACUUCACUCUCCUAUUUGAUGAUGACACAUCCUCCAGGCUUCUUCAGAAAUGGGAUUUGUUCUUCAAGCCAAAUGUCAUAAAAGAGGCUAAGCAGCUCACUUCAACACCAGAGUUGCGUCACUUGGUGCAGUCAGCAGAAAGUCCCCAAGGAGAUGAUCUUGAUGAGGAAACAACCUACGACCAAGAAAUGGCCUCUCUGUUGUUGCUGUUACAUCUCCUUCCACCACCUCCAGGGGGACUGAAGUCUCCAAAAAUUAGUGCAUCUGAUGCACUUGAGAGACUUGUUGUCUUUCAUAAGUUUUCAUAUUUCUACCCUAGUCAUGCUGCAGUUUGGAGGAGCAUCUCCGCAACCAGCAGGGUCGACAGCCAUACCUCCUUGCAGUCGGGCGUCAGAAGAGCAAGAUUGACAGCUUCUACAUCACCAUGGAUAAACAUCUCAUCCCAUGCAAGGCAAUCCGCUUCCUCGGGGCAUGCGAUGAACUUUUCAAAGCACAUUUUGUGUUUAAUUUGUCUUACGAUGUGGCACUAGUGAAUUUUUACACGUUCCUGCAGACAACAGUGUAUAACAUUGAUGUGGGGAAAAUGAAGGAGUCGCCCAGACUUAGAGAAUUGAGAGCGAGACUGCUUAACCAUCCAGUAGCACUUACACCCUGUGAAUAAGAAGCUAUAACAAUGCUGACCUGUUUCAUGUGUCAGAAAAAUUAUCCUAGCAGUCAGCAGUUGAUUUCACAUUUAAGAGUUGAACAUGGUUACUAUCCUGGACCCAAGUUCAAAUUGUUUUGUUCUCAGCAAAGUUGUAGGCAUCAGUUCCUGACAUAUGCAGGUUUUCGGAAGCACCUUAAUAGUGUUCAUAGCAAUGUUCAGCAAAUUGCUCAAACUGUUUCAUGUUCAUUUAGUGAGUCAGUUGCUACUUCAUUUCAGGCACAUGCUUUGGAGUACCAAUUUAACCCACAAAAUCAAUGUAGCUCUUCCAAUGAUUCAGGAAUAACUAAAGAUCCAACUAAAGAAAUGUGUGCAUCCAUCGUGGCCAAAUUACAGGGGAGUGGGAUUUCCAACAGUUUGGUAUCCUCAAUUGUAGGAGAUUUGGAGGAACUAACAAGUGAGCUUCGCUCACAAGCAAAGCACACAGCUAUUUCUGCUUUACCUAUAACUGACCCCAACAUAUCUGUGAUAAAUGAAUCUUUUAAAAAUUAUGAAAACCCAUUCACAAAUUUGAAUACAGAAUGGAAACGAAAUAAAUACUUCAACCAAAAAUGGGGCGUUGUCGAGCCAAUAGAAAUAACCCUGGGAGUGAGAUAUGACAACAGGAGAAAUCCGAAAUCUGGUGCUUAUGAUCAAGUACCUGUGAAGGAUACUUUUAUAUAUGUGCCGAUUUUAGAAACAUUGAAGUUCAUGGGCAGAAAUCCAGACAUUUGUGUUUUGCUAAAGAGAGAAUAUAGAUCAGAGCCUGACACUUAUACUGACUUCUUUGAUGGAAGUUAUUUUAAAACUCACCCUUUGUUUACAGCUAAUAGACAUGCAUUACAAAUUCUACUAUACUAUGAUGAUUUUGAAACAGCCAAUCCCCUUGGCUCCAAACGAGGAAUUCACAAAAUUGGCUGUCUUUAUUUCGUUUUAAGAAACUUGCCCCCAAAAUUUAAUUCGGUUUUGAUGAACAUUCACUUGGUAUCCCUUUUUCACACGCAAGAUCUGCGCAAAUAUGGUUUUGAUGUUAUACUAGAACCGUUGAUAAAUGAUAUGAAAAAACUAGAAAGCCAAGGGCUAAGUCUUCCGUUUUCGGAUGAGCAGGUAUAUGGUACAAUCUGUCGGAUCACUGGAGAUAAUUUAGGGAUGCACACAAUUCUUGGUUUUAAUGAAUCAUUCAGUAGCCGUCAUUUCUGUCGCCUUUGUUUGAUUGAGAAGAAUGACUGUCAAACGGUAUUCAGUGAGGAUGAUCCUAAGGUGAUCCUUCGUGGAAAAGAUGUGUUUGAAAUGCAUUGCCAGUCUCUCCAGGAAAACCCACAAUUGAAGUCAAUGUACGGAUUGAAAAAAAUAUCGACACUUAAUUCAUUGAUGUAUUUCCAUGUUUGUAAUAACUAUUUUAUUUGAUAUCAUGCAUGAUCUUCUUGAGGGAGUGGUUCAGUAUGAGAUAAAAUUGCUUUUUGGUUACCUCACACAACACUUUGUGUCAGAACAGGACUUGCUUUCCAGAAUAUAUGGAUUUGAUUAUGGAUUUCUAGAACGAAAAAAUCGUCCUAAGAUUAUUUUGGAUAGUGCUGGCAAUGGCAUUAGUUUGAAUUCUAUUCAAACAUUAUGUCUUGUUAAAAACAUCCCACUGUUGUUUGGUGACAUUAUUCCUGCAGGAAACCAAAACUGGAAUUUGUUACUGUUGUUACUUAAAAUAAUGAACAUCGUUUUUUCACCUUCUCUCACUCUAGGUAUGACAAUAUAUUUGAAGCAUUUGAUUAUUGACCACCACAAGUUAUUUAAGCAAUUGUAUCCACAUAGAAACUUGAUACCUAAGCAUCAUUUUAUGAUCCAUUACCCAUCUUCUAUAAGGAAAAUUGGCCCCUUAUUGCAUACGUGGUGUAUGAGGUUUGAGGCCAAACACAAGAUGUUUAAAAAUUAGAAAAAAACAUAACUAAAUCACUCGCUAAAAAGCAUCAGAUGGCCAUUGCUUCACACUGGGAAACCUUCCCCCUCAAACAAAAUGAGUAUGGGCCAAUUAAAUCUUAUCACUUCGUAGAUGAGAAUGUGGUCAACAAGGAAAUGCUUGAAACGAUCUUGUCAAAAGAUGUUUUCUCAACAAGUUGGGUUAAAGUUGAUGGUAUCGAGUAUAAAGCGGGAUUAGUUAUUUGCAGUGCAAUGGAGGAAGACAUGCCAGUCUUUUAUCAAAUAAGUGAAAUACUUUUGGUUGGAGAUCACGUUAUUUUUUUGUCUAAUAAGCUAUUUACAGAGAAUUUUGAUGAACAUCAUCAUGCAUUCAAAGUUGUGCGAAGUGUGGAAAGAUGUCUUUUAAAAAUGUCUGAGAUUAGAUUUGAUAAACCUUUUGAUAUUCAAAGCUCAUACAAUGUUUUAGAUGAAAGUUUGUAUAUUAUACCUUCAUUCACAAUGUUGUAAUUAAACUGACUGCAAGGAAGAAUUGGCACAAAUAAA